UCCAGCACCAAGACAACAACAGGCGGUUACCAGUCUUUGAAAAUUACGCCCUCACUGCUACUGCGCAACACGGAGUCGGAGCUGGUUCCAUAGCGCCUCCUACUGUUCAGGAGAAACAUUAAACAUCACAGAUACUAGGAUAAGACUACAGACCACGCCCACCCCACGCAGACGCUCCACCGCUUUACCAAUCACAUUACAGCUCCGAUAUGAAUAAACAUGAGUUUUAAUAGUACACCGAGCAUCUCAGUAGAAGGUGCGGCGGUUCAGCUGGGGAAUAUUGACAGAAAAACCGUGAACCCCAACUAAUAAAAAAGGACUUUUGCAUUCUCCAAGACACCGGGGAGACCAUGCUGUACGCCAGGACUUUCCGGGCGUCCCUGCUGGUGGUUUUACUGCAAAUAGUCCUGAUCUGCUCCGCUCAGAGGGGCCCGCCUGGUCCGAGAGGGCCACCUGGCCCUCCAGGACUUGUUGGCUUUGCUGGCGUCGAUGGCAUCGAUGGAGAAAGAGGUCCAGGGCCUGGUCCAGAUGGCCUUCCAGGCCCAGAUGGAGAUGAUGGGAAAAAUGGGGCUAAUGGACUACCAGGAAACCCAGGAGCAGAUGGUUUGACUGGGCCUAUAGGAGAUCCUGGCCCAGUUGGUCCCAUUGGGCCAAAAGGUGAACCUGGUGCACCUGGACCAAGAGGACGACCUGGUGUUGGAGAGGAUGGAGAAGCUGGUGCCGAUGGAGAUGAUGGACUGCCAGGAGAAUUAGGCAAAGCAGGACCUCCAGGAAGUCGUGGGCUGAGAGGGUCGUUGGGUCUUCCAGGACCAGCUGGGCCAAGAGGUCCCCCUGGGGUUUGGAAUGGUGAGGAAUUGUGCCCAAAUGCCUGCAGAAGUGGGCUUUCAGGCUACAGCGGACUACCAGGUAUGAAGGGCCACAAAGGUAUCAAAGGUGAAUCUGGUGAACCAGGAAGACAAGGCCAUAAGGGUGAAGAGGGAGAGCAGGGAGCCCUUGGAGAUCCUGGAGCACAAGGACCACCAGGUCCACAGGGACUGAGGGGGAUAACCGGCAUUUUGGGUCCGAAAGGUGACAGGGGUCCUCGUGGGUUGGAUGGAAACGUGGGUCCUCAGGGGAUUGAAGGCGCCCCUGGUGAUCGAGGGCAAAGAGGAAAAGUGGGUGAGGUUGGACCAAAAGGAGUUCAAGGACCUCGGGGGCUUCAAGGCAUGUUAGGCUUACCUGGAUCUAAAGGAGAAGCUGGUUUACCAGGAGUGGAUGCUCGUGAUGGCAUCCCGGGAAUGCCAGGGGUUAAGGGUAUCACUGGAAAAGUGGGCACUCCUGGUGAUGUCGGCUCUCAAGGCCUGCCAGGUUUGCCAGGCAUUCCAGGGGCAAAGGGCCAAAGUGGAACAAAGGGAAACUCUGGCGAUCCAGGUGUGGCAGGACCAAUUGGGAACAAUGGCAAAACAGGUGAACGUGGUGAACAGGGGGAGGUGGGACCAGUAGGACCAAGAGGUGGGCCAGGUGAGAGAGGAGAGAGGGGUCCAGGUGGGCCUCAAGGACAGCCAGGUCCAAGGGGGCCUAAAGGAAAUCUCGGCCUACCUGGUCUUCCUGGACCAGCUGGUUUUUCUGGUCAGAAAGGUGACAGGGGUGCAGUUGGUCUCACUGGUCCAAAAGGCGAGCAAGGACCAGCUGGUGAGGAGGGUACCCCAGGAGAUAAAGGAGAUGUAGGUGAUGAGGGAGAACCAGGCGAGAAAGGAUCGACAGGAAAACCAGGUGACACAGGAAAUAGAGGGCCAGAGGGGGCACGUGGGCAGGUUGGGCUUGAGGGCCCGCCGGGCGAGCCGGGGCCAAGAGGCAUGCAGGGAGACCGUGGAGCACCUGGCUUACUUGGAGCACAAGGACGACCAGGUCGGGGACCAACAGAUCAACACAUCAAGCAAGUCUGCAUGAGGGUUAUGCAAGAGCAGCUUGCUCAGCUUGCAGCCAGUCUGAGGAGGCCAGAGUCCGGCAUUGCUGGAUUGCCAGGGCCUGCUGGCCCUCCUGGACCCCAAGGGCCUGCUGGAGAAAACGGCUUCCCAGGACACCCUGGAGCAAGAGGCUUACCGGGGCUUAAAGGACCUCCUGGCCUUCUGGGACAUAAAGGACCUAAAGGUGACACAGGAGACAGGGGAGACAGAGGGCCUACAGUACAAGGCCCUAAAGGCAUACCUGGACCUCCAGGACUUCCAGGUGAGCCUGGCCAGCCAGCAUAUGGCAGUGAUGGUCGUGACGGUAUGAGAGGGCCUCGUGGUGUACCUGGAAUACCAGGAGUUCCAGGACCUCCUGGUCCUCCUGGCCUUAACGGAUACUGUGAGCCGUCCCAAUGUGUUCUCCAAGGCAUCAAUGGACCACAGUCUGUCAAAGAAUCCAACAUGAAGGGACCAGACAGCUUUUAAUAGAACACAUGAUUAUACAUCGGCUGCAAACUUGAGACCACAAUCUGCAGCCAUGAAAAGUUCAAAGACUAAGGGACAGAAACUUUUUCAGCAAGGGUUUGCUAUGCAGUUCAUUGCAACCAUGACAGCAUGACUCAUAUAUUGCAUUCAACACUUUUCUUUAAAGAUGCACCAUGUAAGAUUUUGAGCCAUUUGUUUUGUGAUAGAUUUAGGGCUGCAUAGGCUACAAUGUGCAAGGCUUUUUACAUAGGACAACAGCUGUUCUUCACUCAUAAUACUGUGAAAUUACAAAAGCCCUACAAAAUCUUGCAUUGUACAUCUCUGAGUGUUUGCUAGAUGAGCGCAUUUGCACUCAUUAAAAAAAAGAAACAAAAUAAAAACUAAUGCUGUUCUCCUUACAUAACUCCUGUAUAGUCACAUUAGUCCCAAUGUAAAAGGUUUGUACAUGAUUUAAAUGUGUAGAACUAAAUGUAAAUAUACAGUAUUUUUGUGACCUCAAAAUUACUGCUAUACUAUAUACUCUCCUCAUCUAUCCCCUAACUUUCAGGUGGCCUUACUUUCAAGGACCAACAGAACAAAAAUUCAGAAAUACACAUUUGCAAACUCUGUAGCUCCUCUACAUGUACAUGUACAUUUAACUGCGUGUUAAUUUCUGUCCCACCUGAUAAGGACAUUGUUAUUGUGGAGUUACACUGAAUGUGUGGUUCGGUGCAAUGAGAAGGCUUAAAGCCUUUUCUUUGUGUUUGGAGAAGUAGCUAGAACUUUUCUAUUAUUAUUUAUUUUACAACACGUUCACUGUUACACGUACAAUUGUGAAAAGGGGGUAAAUAAAUGAUUUUGAUAAA